CGCGGUACCCAACCUGUUCGGGCGCCCAUUGCAACAGAGCGAGGGCGAACGUGUCCUCGGUUGGGAACGCCGAGAUACUGCAUUACUCGGUCAGUCGGUCUGGAGGUACGACAUCAACAUAACGUUUUUUUUCACCAGUGCAUAGUUUUUCCUUCCUUUCUUCUUCGUGCUCUUCUAGCGUGCGUCGUUUGUUGUCGUCUUCUUUGUUGCGUUUGUAGCCGGUUCGAAAAAUUGCCGCACAGUUUGACCGUGUGCAAGUGUGUGAUUUGUGCGAGUUGCAGGUGUGCCGUUCGCUGUCCGUAUGUGUGUGAGUGUGUGUGUGCAUUUUCGAGUGCGUGUGACCGCGAGGCGUAGCAAAUUGUGACGCUGCCACAGCUUCCUCCCGGCGGCCGAUAACGGAACGAAACGAGCAAUCACGAUGAAGUCAUUGGUUCGGUUUUCGUCACUCCCGGAGUGACCGUAAAGAAGCGAUCGCGAAAAAUCCGCCGCUGGCCGAAAUUGUUGGAUAGUAGUGGUAGUUGUAGCAUUGGAAAUUUCUAAGCCCCCAGCGGAAAGGGGGCCCCCAGUGAAGAAGGGAAAAGGAGGAGAAAAAACCGCUCUAUGUCUGUGCCAGUGCCCGGUGUCAGUGAGAGUGUGUGUGUGUGUGUGAGAGUUUGUGAGGAUUAACUUGUGACCUUUGCUUUGGACCGAACCAACCAAAAGACCGCCAUCCACCCGUCGUCUCCGUCAUCAACGCACACACCAUCGGAAGACAGCUGUUCGCGCGAAAAAGAUAACGUGAUUGGAGCCCACCCGUAACACCCGGGCGCGCAUGCAUGCGGAGCGAGCGGAAGGGAAGAGCGGCAAGAACACUUCGCACGAGGCCGGCUGGUGGUCUGCAGUGUGUGCACAAACCAUUCCGACUGAUGCAAGAUCAGGAGGAUCGAGCUGGAACACCGACAGCGAGCGAUAACAUUAAGCCCGUAAUGAUGAUGAUGUCAAUAACCUGAGGUACACGGCACCCCGGUUGCACUACAUUCCGGAGCGGUUGGAAGCGACGAGCUUCACGCACACUCUACCACGCACACCCAUCGAUGUGACGCCGAAUGCACCUGCACUUUUCACCCUGCGCCACCCUUUCGAAGCGCGCACCGAAAAACCCGUCGUUGGAUCGACAGUCGAUUGAUGCGCACGACUAAAUUGCCACCGCAAGCCCUGAACCGCCGUUUGCACCACGUGUGUGUGUGUGUGCGUGUUAAUCGACUUUUGGGUGAAGGAAGCACACAGACGGGCCACUGCUCCAAGCCAAAGCCAGCAAAGCUUAACCACUGUGGCGUGAUCCCGUGACGCCAGUGCGACGCCCUUUUCGACGGGACCGAGCGCAGUGUACCAGACAUACACACACAAAAAAAGCACUCGCACACAGCGAGAUAGAGAAAAGAAAAAUCAUUCAAACAUCCCGACGCACCAGUGGUAUCGGAAACGCAUUAACCGUGUGUGUGGGUAGCCCACCAGCCGAAUGUGAGAACCAUUAUCGAUUCCAAAACAAAACGAAAAACCGUGCCCCGAACCUGCCAAUUAAAACCGAGCGUUUGUGUCUGUGUGUCUGUGUGUGUUUGAGUCCCACACAGUGCCACUGAGGGCAGCUCUGCUUCACUCCCCCUGAAAGGUUGGUGGUCACACGGUCACACGGUCCCGGGACGCGGCGCUGAAAAGCCUCGGAGCGCAUGCAUAUGUUGGAGCUGAUCACCGACAUCGCGAUGGCGUCGUCGUCGAGCCCGAUGGAGAUCAGCGAACCCUUCCGCACGGAGGACCUGUCCAAGACGGACUUUUUCGACUUUGUCACAGGCUCCGCACCGGACAUGGCCAUCAGCAGCAGCAGCAGCAGCGCCAGCGGUGGCCCCGGUGGAGGUGGGAGUGGUGCCAACAACAACAGCAGCAGCAGCAGCAGCAGCAACACCGCAAGCAACAGCAAUACCUGCAACCGUGUCCUGGCGGGUGGAUUGCCCAGCAUGGGCGUGAAUGGGGUGACCGAUCGACCGCCCGGUGGAAGAAAUGGAGGCGAAGGGUCACCGAUGGAUGGAACACCCGCGAACCGAGUGGCCGGCAGCACCGUGCCCGAUGCGAACGAUCAACCGCUGCAGGGAUUCGAUCAGUUCUGGGGUCCAGACAAAGAUGCCAACCGGUUGGAUCCGGCCAUGUUUGAGGAUCUGAAUCGCUAUUGUUGGAUACAGCAGAGCAACACUGCCAGCGCACCGACCAGCAACAGCACCAGCAACAAUGCCACCAACAGCAACACUAACAACAGCAACAAUGGAGCACUCAACAACCAAGUUGCCGAUACAGAUGGACAGAUCUACACACUAACAGUAUUAAAUGGAGCGCCGGAACCGUGGGUACUACGGAAGGACCCGAAUGGGUCGGAACCAGCUGCUCCCGCUUCCAAUCUCGAUCUCGACACCAUUCUGGGCGGAUUCCCGGGCUACGUCAAGACGGAAUGCUUCUCCUACGACGACAGUGGCUUCGGGACGGAUCAUCACGCAAAGGAAGAUCCUCAUCAUCAGCAGCAACAGCAGCAGCAGCAGCAACAGCAACAUCAACAUCUUCAGCUAGUUCAGCAACAUGCGGCCCACCACGCCCACACACAACCUCAACUGCAACAAGUACAAUCUCAGCAGCAUCAGCAGCAGCAGAUGCCUGUUACGUCCAGCAACAUCGUCCUGUCGAGCCAGCUGCUUGACCCCAACAGUGUGCUGGCGUACCAGAACAACAACAACAACGACUGGCAGAUGUCGGACCACAACGUGAUACAGCAGGACACGGCAGAGUCGUUGCUGCGCAGUGCGCUACAGGGCAAGGGCUACACCAAGGGCACCGGGCUGCCGCUGCCCAACGGGACCAUCACCGUGCUACCCGCCACCGGUCACAUGAAGGACGAGGAGCUGCGACGGGUGCUGUACUCGGGCGGCGAUCCGAACGACUCACUCGCCGCCUAUGCCGACUCCACGCUGGCCAGCACCAUGUACGACGAGUCGGUGUUACACUCGCCCGCUUCCACCAACCAAUCGGCCACCUCCCAGCAGCAGCAGCAGCAGCAGCAACAUCAACAGCAUCAACACCAGCAACAGUUGGUCGCAUCCACUGGACAAGUAACGGAUCUUGGUGCUGGAGGACCGGGUGGCCCCGGAACAGUGGUGGUGGACGACAUGUUCUUCACGCUCGAUGCCACCUUCCCGGAGGACUACGAAAAGCUGAAACGGAUAGCGACGGAGGUGCAGCAGUUCUGCACGGACAACAACAACUACACGGAGAUCAUCGUGGAAGCGCCCGCGAUGGGCAACGGAUGCAGUGCCAAUGUCCCUUCCAACGCCCUGAUGGCGGGUGCGAACAACCAUCAACAUCACGCGCUGGGCGUCCUGUCUCCCACGGGGACCGCCGGCUCGACCCUCAACCGACAGCCCUCCGUUUCGACCACCUCCUCGGACGUAGUAACGACGACCUCCUCGACCAAGCCGAAGGCGCCCCGGACGAAGAAGUCCUACAAGCGAUCUCUCAGCAACAGUGCGGCCGGAGCAGCCAACUCCAACAACAACAAUGGUUCCACAUUGACCUGUCUCACCAACAAUAACAACAACAACAACACGAGCAUGAGCAACCUCAACACGAUUGCCGGUGGUGGUGGUGGUGGUGCGAUGCUGAGUCCGGGCAGUGCGAACGGCACCGUGUCCUUGGCCACCACUACUACCACCAGCACAACGACCAACACCGCCACCACCAGCCCGACCCAGUGCGGCAACGGGCAGCGCAAGGAGCGCUCCCUGCACUACUGCUCGAUCUGCUCGAAAGGCUUCAAGGACAAGUACUCCGUCAACGUGCACAUACGCACGCACACGGGCGAAAAGCCGUUCGCCUGCUCGCUCUGCGGCAAAAGCUUCCGCCAGAAGGCCCACCUGGCCAAACACUACCAGACGCACCUGGCGCAGAAGAACCCGCCCGGCGGCACGGUCACGAAGCAAAGCAAGCAGAGCCGCCUGUCAACGCCACUGGCGUCGUCGUCGUCCGCGGGCAGCGACCCGAGCACAGGACAAUCGAUGCCGGUCGCUUCCGUCACACCCGUCACACUGUCCGUGGUGAGCGUGGCCGGACCGCUGCCACCGAUGGUGAUCCCACAGGCACAAUCACCGCCGAUGCUGCUCACCACCACUACCACCAACAACAACAACACCAACACUGCCACGAUUGUCGCCAGCAGGUGAACGCACACUCAGCUCAGGCCGCCAUUGCCGUCGCCGUCACCGCCUACUAAACAAAUUUUACUUUGUUCCUAUUUUAAUGUGUAUUUACGCAAGUGUGAGUGUGUGUGUGGGUGCGUUUGCGGACGCAAUCGUCGGAAUGUGAUAGCGCAUUGGGAUUAUUAGGUUGGGGGGAGAGAUGAAGGGGCCAUUUUUGUUUUGUUUUCGGAACUCUGCAACUCAAAAUUACCUGUGAUGAUAAACGCU